CCCGGAAGUUGUCUAACCAGACAAUGGGUGAGGUUACUCUUAUUUGCAUCUCUGUGCUCCUCUCCCCUUUUCUCCGCUUUGUGCGCUCGGCCUUUCUCUCGCGCGAGUAACAAAGCCGGCGGAGGGGAGGGGCGAGGCAGUGACGAGGAGAGUGUCGCGCCGCCGCCUCAUUCGGACCAUGGGCAAGAAGCACAAGAAACACAAGGGGGACAAAUACCCGUAUGAAGAAUAUGUAGAUAAACCCUUAAAGCUUGUUUUAAAAGUGGGAGGAAAUGAAGUCACGGAACUUUCCACCCAGAGCUCAGUACACGAUUCAGCCCCAUAUGAAGACAAAAAUGAACAUGAAAAACACAAAGACAAGAAAAGGAAGAAGAGGAAAAAAGCAGAAAAGCAAGCUCCUGGAGAAGAAAAGGAAAAAAGAAAGAGAAAAGUAAAGGAUGAUAAAAAGAAGCGAGACAGGGACCGUGGUGAAAGUGAAGGAGAAAGAGAACUGAAAUGUCAGACUCCUAUAAGACUAGAAUUACCACUUGAAAAACCAUUGGCAAGCAGUUUGGCAAAACAAGAGGAAGUGGAACAGACACCACUUCAAGAAGCAUUGAACCAACUUGUGAGGCAACUGCAAAGAAAGGAUCCAAAUGCUUUCUUUUCAUUUCCUGUGACUGACUUUAUUGCUCCUGGCUACUCCAUGAUCAUUAAACGCCCAAUGGAUUUUAGUACCAUGAAAGAGAAGAUCAAGAACAAUGGUUACCAGUCCAUAGAAGAACUAAAGGACAAUUUCAAGCUGAUGUGCACUAAUGCCAUGGUGUAUAACAAACCAGAGACCAUUUAUUACAAGGCUGCAAAAAAACUCUUGCAUUCAGGAAUGAAAAUACUCAGCCAGGAAAGAAUUCAGAGCUUGAAACAAAGUAUCGACUUCAUGGCAGACCUUCAAAAAAGCAGGAAGCAGAAAGAUAAAGAAGGUCUUCAAUCAGGUGGAGAAGAUGAUGAUGGCUUUUUAAAAGAUGCAGACUCCAUGGACAUAGACCUCAGAGUGUUUAAAACACCUAGCAAAGAACUCAAAAAGAAAGAGAAAGAGCUGCUUGAAGAAAAAAUAAGGAAUAGUAAUUUAGAGAGGGAACAAGAGCUGAUUGAACGUAUCAUUAAAGAAUCAGGAGGAAAGUUAACAAAACGACCUGCUAAUGCUCAGUGUGAGUUUGAAAGAAGAAAACCUGAUGGCACAACCACCCUGGGACUUCUUAAUCCAGCAGAAAAUAACACAGGGGAACUCGGACAUGGCUCUGUGAAGUUGGGUGUGACGGCUGGAAGACUUCAGUCAGGCGUAAAUACAUUACAAGGAUUCAAAGAAGACAAAAGAAACAAAGUUACUCCUGUGAUGUACUUGAACUAUGGGCCCUUUAGCUCUUAUGCACCAGCUUAUGACUCCACGUUUUCAAAUAUCAGCAAGGAUGAUUCUGAUUUAAUAUAUUCCACUUAUGGGGAAGGUUCUAAUCAGGGGAGUUUUAACAUUAAUGAGUUUUUGGCAAAAUCUCAAGACUACCCAUAUGUAAUGGCAGACAGCCUGUUGGAUGUUUUGACCCAAGGGAGGCAUUCCCGCUCGCUCAGAGAACUAGAAAAGUUACAGCCAGCAGAAGAAGUUGAAGGUGUGCAUGAAAAGGCUGCUACAACCAAGGACAUAGAGAUUGUGGAAAUAGAUCCACCCAGCAGGUUUGACUCCACUCUUAGCAAGGAGAGACUUACAGCACUGAGAGCAGUAACCAAUUUUGGGAUGCCCGUGGACGAGUUUGACUCAGAAGAAGCAGAGGUCUUCCAGCGAAAACUUGAUGAAACCACAAAAUUGCUUAAAGAGCUGCAAGAUGCUCAGAAUGAACGACUGAGUACAAAACCACCUCCUAACAUGAUUUGCCUUUUGGGCCCAUCUUAUAAAGAGAUGCAUUUGGCGGAGAGAGUGACCAGUAACCUAAAAGAGCUCGCACAACAAGUGGCUCCAGGAGAUAUUGUGAGCACAUAUGGAAUCCGUAAAGCAAUGGGGAUUUCAGUCCCUUUACCAGAUGCCAUGGACAGCUUUGUUGACUUAACAGAUGUUGCAGAGGAACCUCCGAAAGCUACCAUUUUAAUUGCAAAUGAAUGUGAACCCAUUGGUGGUACCUGAUACUUCUAAUAUUUAAACCAAUUUUAAGUCUUUUUUUUUAACCUUUGCGCCAGUGCAUGCAUGGCCCUUUGUAUACUUUGUGUUAUAUCUGAAUUCCUAAUAAAAUCUUUAAAACCAA